GACUAAUGAAUUAAAAAUCUUGGGCUCACCAGAGUUUUCUGCUUAAUAAUGACUGUGACAGAAGGAUUUUUUCCUCCCUGAAGUGUGACAGCAUCAUAAUCCCUCAUCCCUGGAGGGGGAGGAAGGAAAAGCAGAAUUGUGGAGAAAAGUGGAAAAGGGUUAUCUUUUGGGACAGCAAAGCCUAUGGGAAGUGCAGGUAGCAGCAUGUUGCCCUGACAGCUGUCUCAGCUUCUCAGACCUUGUCAGUUUGUUGCUAUGCAGCAGGUGCAGCCUUUUCUUUUAUUGAAGCUUUACUCCAUAAAGGCAACGACAAGCCAAGGCAGUGGCUGGCCCUGGAUUAUACAAGUGCAGACACUCCGCUAAGUGAGGGUUUCAUCACAGUAAAAUCACUUUUUGGAACUGAUGGUCUCAGAAGAAAGACGGAGGACUUAGUAAGGUCCCGACCCAGGAGCCAAAUCCAUGCAGACAGACCCCUACACCCGCACAGGCUUCCACUGAAGAAUCACCACCAAGCUGGAACAAACAAGUAAAAACAUUGACUCAAGUGCCCACAUGAUCACCACCGCCAGGGUACCUGCUGAUAAGCCAGUACGAAUUGCCUUCAGCCUUAAUGAUUCCCCAGAUGAUGCUUCUCCUGAAAACUUCUCUUUGGCAUUUCCAGAACUAGAUCAGCAGCUGCAGCCUCUGCCUCCUUGUCAUGACUCUAAGGAAUCUAUGCAGGUGUAUAAACAGCACUGCAAAAUAGCAGAAGAGUACCAUGAGGUCAAGAAAGAAAUUGCUCUGCUGGAAGAGAGAAAAAAGGAGCUGAUUGCCAGACUGGAACAAGUGGAAAAAGAAAGCAUGGAUGCUGCUCAGCUGGCUAAGGAGUAUGCAGAACUGACAGAGGAGAACCGAACACUGAGGCUGGCCCAGACGCAGUGCGUGGAGCAACUGGAAAAGCUCAGGAUACAGUACCAAAAAAGACAGGGCUCCUCCUAACUCCCAACUAGCUCAUAUGAGGCACUUCAUACAGGAUUGGUCCUGUGCUGGAAAGAGAUUUUAAAAUAAAUAUCUGUUUAAUAUGUUACAACACUUUACUACAGAUACAGAGUAUGUAGAAGUCUAUAUUUGAUGUAAUGCUUGCCUCCCAGUAGCUUAAUAUAAUGGAUAUUUCAUCUGUUAUAUAAUGGAUGUUUUAUUUCAAGUAAUGUAAUUGAAGUUAAUCUAUCCCCAUUAUAUGUUCUAGUGGAUCAGAUUUCUUUUCUAAACAUAUUUCUUCCAAUUUAAGAAGAUAUGGACACACUAGAAAAUUAUAUAAAUAGUCUCUGUGUUGGAAAUUUGGAUCAUACUAAUGCAUACGGCUGGGACAAUGUUAAUAUAUGGAAUAAAUGUAUGUUAAUUUUA